UCAGCGCCUAGUCCCGCCUUCACCAAUUUAGUCCGGCCACGCCCACCUGUCACUCAGUUCUCGCCCCUCCCCGCCAAAAAAACCCACCCGGGGCGAAGUUUCCAUGGCGGCGGCAGCUGCGGGUCGUCCGCAGAGGUGGCGGUGCUGGUGGCGGUGCUGGUGGCGGCUGCUGCUUCUGCUGCCGCCACUGAGUGCCCAGGAAAUGAGGGUGGCGGACACCCCGCGACCCCCCAACAUUCUGUUGCUGCUCAUGGACGACAUGGGCUGGGGCGACCUGGGGGUGUAUGGAGAACCUUCCCGAGAGACCCCAAAUCUGGACCGGAUGGCCGCAGAGGGCAUGCUCUUCCCGAACUUCUACACAGCCAACCCUCUGUGCUCGCCAUCACGGGCAGCUCUGCUUACUGGGCGGCUACCCAUCCGCAAUGGCUUCUACACCACCAAUGAACACGCCAGAAAUGCGUAUACGGCCCAGGAGGUCACUGGGGGUAUCUCCAGCUGGGAACUUCUCCUGCCUGAGCUGCUUAAAGAAGCACAUUAUGUCAGCAAGAUUGUGGGCAAAUGGCACCUGGGUCACCGGCCGAAGUUUCACCCACUGAAGCAUGGGUUUGACGAGUGGUUUGGGUCCCCCAAUUGUCAUUUUGGACCUUACGACAACAAGGCCAGACCCAACAUCCCUGUGUACCGGAACUGGGAGAUGGUGGGCAGGUUUUAUGAAGAGUUUCCCAUAAACCUGAAGACUGGCGAGUCCAACCUCACUCAGAUAUACCUGCAGGAAGCCCUGGACUUUAUCAAGAAGCAACACACAUCCCAGCAGCCGUUCUUCCUCUACUGGGCAGUAGACGCCACACACGCGCCCGUCUAUGCCUCUCAGCGCUUCCUGGGUACCAGCCGGCGUGGGAGGUAUGGGGAUGCAGUCCGGGAGAUCGAUGAUAGUGUGGGCCGGAUUCUUCAGCUGCUUCGGGACUUGGGCAUUGCAGAGAGCUCUUUCGUCUUCUUCACCUCAGACAAUGGCGCUGCCCUCGUGUCUGCACCCACACAAGGAGGCAGCAAUGGACCUUUCCUGUGUGGGAAGCAGACGACCUUCGAGGGCGGGAUGCGGGAGCCUGCGAUUGCCUGGUGGCCUGGACACAUCCCUGCGGGCCAGGUGAACCAGCAGCUGGGCACCAUCAUGGAUCUCUUCACCACCAGCCUGCUCCUUGCUGGCAUACAGCCGCCCCUUGACCGUGUCAUUGAUGGCCUGAACCUGCUCCCAUCCAUGCUGGUUGGCCAGCUGACCAACAGGCCCGUCUUCUUUUACCGCGGCAAUACGCUGAUGGCCGUGGCCAUGGACCAGUACAAGGCACACUUCUGGACUUGGACCAACUCCUGGGAGGAGUUCAAGCAGGGCAUUAACUUCUGCCCGGGCCAGAACGUGUCAGGCGUGACCACGCACACGCUGCAGGACCACACGGAGCUGCCCCUCAUCUUCCAUCUGGGCAGAGACCCCGGGGAGAAGUUCCCCCUCAGCUUCCGGAGCAUAGAGUACCAAAAGGCCCUGGCCUGGUUCCGCCUGCUGGUAAGUCAGCACCUGGCUACGAUGAUCCCAGGACAGCCCCAGCUCAACGUGUGCGACCCUGCGGCCAUGAACUGGGCGCCCCCGGGCUGUGAGAAGUUGGGGAAGUGCCUGACGCCCCCUGAGUCUGUCGUCGUGAAGUGCUUCUGGCCCCACUAGCCGCAGUGUGAACUCUGGCCAGCAGGGAAGGCCCUGCCCCCAGUGGACACCACAGGGGCCUCCUCUGUCCUCAUUCCCUUGCCCUGCCCUGCCCUCAUCCCCACAGCAGCUCCUGAGCUGCCCCAGACCCCUCCGUUUGUGCCUCCCGUGACCGUGACCCAGUGUGACUGACUGGGAGGCAGGAGCUGGCACUCAGUACCUCGGUCCCCCACG